UCGAAUGCUUCAUCGACUAAGAAUUAGCAUUCAGUCUUAAAGUUUUAUUUUAAGUGAAAAGUUUCUCUUAAAACGAGUCAAAAUGAUAAAAUAUCUCUUUUUAUGGCUGUCGCUCAUAUCUGUUAUUAAUAUGAGUAAUGCAAAUCGAAUAGAAACAGCAGAUAGUUACAUUAAGCAACUAGAGAAGUCUUCCAAUGACGAAGAAGCUGAAAGACUGAUUAAAAAUGUUCUGGAAAUUCUUUCACCGAUUGCGAAAUCAGAUCCAAAUUUCAACAAUUUGCGUCUAGCUGCUUAUAAAAUCAUAGAACCUGAAGAGCUUAGAGAAAUUGAAUCUCAUAGAAAUUCCGGUUGUGGUGUGGCCAAUGGAAAAAGAAGACGCAUCAAUUUUAGUGCAUUUAUUGAAGUUUUUCAAAUUUUUAAAUUAAGUUUUAAAUAUGAGAAUUUAACUGAUUAUGAUUUGAAAUCUGAAGAACUUUAAUCGUGAUUAUUUUAAUUUAAUUAUUUUCUGAUUAGCAUUUAAAUGUUUAAAGUCUACUUUAUAAAAGUGUGGAGAAAUUUGAAAAUUAAAAUUGGAAAUAAAACAUAACAACAUUGUUAU